GUGAUACCCGUGGUCGCCGUUCGGGUUUUCACGUCAUGCCGAAUCCUGCGCUCGUGGAGGCCGGAGGAAAUUUUGGCCACUAUAUCCGGCGUAGUACUGUCUAUAGCGCUCGCAAUUGUUGCGAAACUUGGACUGGGUGCACACAUAAACACAAUUCCGGGCGACUCUGUCCAUAAGAUUCUGAAAAUUACCCUCUGGCUCACGAUCCCCACGUUUAACCUCACAACCGCGCUGGCAAAGUCGUCGAUCCUCGUGUACUUACUCAAGUUCACCAUGUCCAAGCGCUGUAUCGGCUUCAUAUACGGCACCCUUGUCAUAGCGGUGCUUUACAGUUUCAUAGGCGCGGUUGCGAUAAUGACGUGCGCGAACAAGGAUGUCAGCUCUCACGAUAGGCAUGUGGCCAACAGCAUCUUCGCCGCCGCAGCAUUCUUCAACACGGGUACGGAUAUGGUUAUCCUGCUGCUGCCACUAUGGCUGGUCAAACCGUUACAGAUGCCUCUCAGGAGGAAGAUUGAGGUCGGAUUGAUCCUCAUGGCCGGUGGCUUUGCCGUCGCCAUCAGCAUACAGCGCGUCAUGGUGGCCCUGUCUCUGCCUACCACCGACGACAUAACCUACCAGGGGGGGCUCUCAGCCUUAUGGGGCUGCAUAGAGAUCUGGUCUGGCAUAUUGUGCGCGUGCCUGCCGACAUUGAAGCCGUUCAUUGGCUACAUCAUGGCGCCCAAGAAGUCACCGCCGAGAUAUUCACCCCCUCCGCCGGAGCAGGGAAGCCUGCACAAGAGUAAUAAUAGGAUGAGCGGGAGGCCACGGUCUUUGGACCCCUGGGCCCUAUCGGCCGCUUCGACAAGAACCACCAUGAUCGCAUUGGAGAGACCGGAGCAGGCGUGGGUUGUAGGGGGCUUGCGCAGGGGAAUGGGCUCUGCGUGUACUUGUACGGCGGAAAAGGGAGGGAGGCGCCAAUUUGAACCACAUCAGAUGUGCUGA